AUUUCUGUGGUCGCGGGUCGCCUCCUGAAUCUCGUACCAGCCCACCAGAUCGAUCGGAGCACGCGGCAGUUAGCGGACACAGUAGGCCGGUAGCACGUCAGUCAGUGGCUGAGCGAGAUCGAUGGAGGGCAGCCUGCUUGUAGAUUCCGCCGCGGCGAGCCUGGGCGCCACGCCGGCGGCGCGCCGCCGCCGCGCGAGGUUCUUGAGCUGUCCUUGCUCUGCUUCCAGCGAUGCACCGGCGACGAGGGCCUGGACGUCCUACUCCUCCGCUUGCAAGAUGCCGAGGACGGUGAAGCCGGUGUCGCGCGUGAACGGGUGGAGGAACGGCGGCAAUGGCCACGGGUGGGCGACGGCGCGGGAGGAGAGCUCGUCCGUUCUGGAGGCCCUGGAGGACGAGUACGGCGGAGUCGUCGUCGACGCCCACCGCCUGCCGUCCGGCACGGGCGAGUUCGCGCGGUCCCUGGCGGCGUCGCUCUCCUACUGGAAGUCGGCGGGCAAGAAAGGGGUGUGGCUGAAAUUACCGCUGGAUCGCUCCGAGUUCAUUCCACUAGCAGUAAAAGAGGGCUUCAGGUACCACCACGCAGAGGAGUCGUAUCUGAUGCUAACGUACUGGAUCCCCGACGAGCCCUGCUUGCUCCCGGCGAAUGCCUCUCACCAGGUCGGAGUCGGGGGCUUUGUGAUCAACGACCAAAUGGAGGUUCUCGUGGUUCAAGAGAAGUAUUCUGCUUCAUCGUCGCUUGGUGCUUGGAAACUCCCAACGGGAUUCAUCCAUGCGGUGAGGAGUCAGACAAUUAGACGGAUACCUGGAGCUGUCAGAGAGGUCAAGGAGGAGACUGGAGUUGACACUGAGUUUAUGGAACUGAUUGCUUUCAGGCAUGCGCAUAACGUGGCGUUCCAAAAGUCGGACCUGUUCUUCAUCUGCCUGCUGAGACCACUAUCCAACGAAAUCAAGAUCGACGAGGCGGAAAUUCAAGCAGCAAAGUGGAUGCCGCUCCGGGAGUUCAUGGAGCAGCCGUUGGUCCAGGAGGACCACAUGUUCAGGAAGAUCUCCGACAUCUGCGUGCAGCGCCUCCGGAGGCGCUACCGCGGGCUGACGGCGCACCGCGUGGUCUCCAAGUUCGACGCCGGGGCGUCCACCUUGUACUACAGCGUCGCCGAGCACGACCGCGGAUACCUGAGCUGACGGAUCACUGGCUGCUUCUGCAUCAUGUUCCCAUAAGAAGAUCCAUUCCAUUCAGGGCGUGAUGUGAUGUGACCCCAAUUGCCCAAAAUUUUCCUGUGCGAUGCUCCGGCACGGCACGAGUGCAUGACUCUUGAGGCGCCUCGAACAAUGGCGAUUGCCAGGGUCGCGAUCUGUAUGUUCCUGUGCGCAGAAGGAUUCAUCACCGCUGCCGCUUUGACUGUUGGUUUGCA